AUCUCUUCCCCUUCAGAAAAUCCAGCAGCUGUCAGAGGGCUCCAUGUUUGGCCACGGUCUGAAGCACCUGUUCCACAGCCGCCGUCGGUCUCGGGAAAGGGAGCACCAGACGUCUCAGGAUUCCCAGCAGCAGCAGCAGCAGCAGCAGGGUAUGUCCGACCAUGACUCCCCAGAUGAGAAGGAGCGCUCUCCGGAGAUGCACCGCGUCUCCUACGCCAUGUCCCUGCACGAUCUGCCUGCCCGGCCCACUGCCUUCAACCGUGUGCUGCAGCAGAUCCGGUCCCGGCCCUCCAUCAAGCGGGGCGCCAGCCUGCACAGCAGCAGUGGGGGCGGCAGCAGCGGGAGCAGCAGCCGGCGCACCAAGAGUAGCUCCCUGGAGCCCCAGCGUGGCAGCCCUCACCUGCUGCGGAAGGCCCCCCAGGACAGCAGCCUGGCCGCCAUCCUGCACCAGCACCAGUGCCGUCCCCGCUCUUCCUCCACCACCGACACUGCUCUUCUGCUGGCCGAUGGCAGCAACGUGUACCUCCUGGCUGAGGAGGCCGAAGGCAUCGGGGACAAGGUCGACAAGGGAGACCUGGUGGCCCUGAGCCUCCCUGCCGGCCAUGGUGACACUGACGGCCCCAUCAGCCUGGAUGUGCCCGACGGGGCACCGGACCCCCAGCGGACCAAGGCCGCCAUUGACCACCUGCACCAGAAGAUCCUGAAGAUCACCGAGCAGAUCAAGAUCGAGCAGGAGGCUCGCGACGACAACGUGGCAGAGUACCUGAAACUGGCCAACAACGCGGACAAGCAGCAGGUGUCGCGCAUCAAGCAGGUGUUCGAGAAGAAGAACCAGAAGUCAGCCCAGACCAUUGCCCAGCUGCACAAGAAGCUGGAGCACUACCGCCGGCGCCUGAAGGAGAUUGAGCAGAAUGGGCCCUCGCGGCAGCCCAAGGACGUGCUGCGGGACAUGCAGCAGGGGCUGAAGGACGUAGGCGCCAACGUGCGCGCAGGCAUCAGUGGCUUCGGGGGCGGCGUGGUGGAGGGCGUCAAGGGCAGCCUCUCCGGUCUCUCGCAGGCUACCCACACCGCCGUGGUGUCCAAGCCCCGGGAGUUUGCCAGCCUCAUCCGCAACAAGUUUGGCAGUGCUGACAACAUCGCUCACCUGAAGGACCCCCUGGAAGAUGGGCCUCCCGAGGAGGCAGCCCGGGCACUGAGCGGCAGUGCCACACUCGUCUCCAGCCCCAAAUAUGGCAGUGAUGACGAGUGCUCCAGUGCCAGCGCCAGCUCAGCCGGGGCAGGCAGCAACUCGGGGGCUGGGCCCAGCGGAGCACUGGGGAGCCCUAAGUCCAGUGCACUGUAUGGUGCUCCUGGAAACCUGGAUGCUCUGCUGGAAGAGCUACGGGAGAUCAAGGAGGGACAGUCUCACCUGGAGGACUCCAUGGAAGACCUGAAGACUCAGCUGCAGAGGGACUACACCUACAUGACCCAGUGCCUGCAGGAGGAGCGCUACAGGUAUGAGCGGCUGGAGGAGCAGCUCAACGACCUGACUGAGCUUCACCAGAACGAGAUGACGAACCUGAAGCAGGAGCUGGCCAGCAUGGAGGAGAAGGUGGCCUACCAGUCCUAUGAGAGGGCGCGGGACAUCCAGGAGGCCGUGGAGUCCUGCCUGACCCGGGUCACCAAGCUGGAGCUGCAGCAGCAACAGCAGCAGGUGGUGCAGCUGGAGGGCGUGGAGAACGCCAACGCGCGGGCGCUGCUGGGCAAGUUCAUCAACGUGAUCCUGGCGCUCAUGGCCGUGCUGCUGGUGUUCGUGUCCACCGUCGCCAACUUCAUCACGCCCCUCAUGAAGACACGCCUGCGCAUCACCAGCACCGCCCUCCUGGUCCUCGUCCUGUUCCUCCUCUGGAAGCACUGGGACUCCCUCACCUACCUCCUGGAGCACGUGUUGCUGCCCAGCUGAGUGGCCAGCCAUGCCGACCCUGUGCUCUCCGGCCCCCAGCGGGCCACACUGCUCCAGGAGGGACCCUUGGACUUCUUCAUGUGUCCAGUUUGGCCUCCUGCCCAAACUGUCCAUUCCAGCAGCUCCUGUCCCCUUCUCUGUACUUGCUUCUGUCUGACACCUUCUCCCUGUCGGCCUGAAGGGAGCUUAGAAUGCAGCCCUGGCUGGAUAUAGUGGGGGCACCUGUGGCCAAGUGGAGCAGAGGUGGACACGGGAUUGGAUUGUUUUGAUUAUUUAUAGUUACACAAGGACUUCUCCCAGCUGACCCUCAGGAUGCCCCGGGUCAGGAAGGCCAUUAAGAAUAAGAGGAGAGGGCUCUGCCUCAACUUUCCUAGGAAAGAGCCCACCUCAGAGAUAGCUACGGUUUCCUCUGGUAGAGAUGGUGAGGAUGAAGGCUGGAGAGUGAGGGAGGAGGCUCUGCUGGCCUCAGAGAACACAGGGAUGGGAGGGUCCCUAGCCUUCAGGCACCUCUAGAGCCAGAGAGCAGGCUCAGAGCAGCUAGUGUGGAGCUCAGCACCCCCAACCCCACCCCUCCUCCCUGUAGAGCUGAUUUGUGGCCUCCUUCUGGGGCUGGGCUCUGCAGGCCAGGUGGGUGUGGCUUGUGUUUUCCCUGCUGUUCUUUCUGCCUGUACUGGAUCUGCUAUUUUCAGGGAAACAGGCCCCAGGGCCCCCCUGAGCCUCACCCUAAGCCCUUAGGCCUCUGGGAGUGCUGUUGGGUUCUAUUUAUUUAUUUAUUUGUUCUUUUGUUCCCUACCCAUGCUCCCAGCGUCUUCCCUGCUGAGCACCGGGAGAGGUCCUGCCCUGUCCUCUCUGAAGCCAGGGCCCUUCCAUUCCCUUUAGCCUCUGGAUCAUCCUGGCUGGGAGAAGUGGGACCAAGCCACUCAGCCCCUCUCUCCCCAAGCAGCCCUACAGCCGGGAUGGGAGGCGUGUGGCCUCUUUUAUCUGUCUAUUUAUUUUGUAAGUGUGUAUUCAUGUGGAGGAGGUUGUUGUUUUAUUUUUUUAAGGCUCUGGAGUGUUGUGUAUGGUUUCUUUUCACAUCCCAGCCUCCCAUGGGCACUUCCAAGAAGAGAGGGGAUUUCUUGGAAAAGGAGAGAGGAAUCCCCUAGAGCAGGGAAAGCAGUGCCUGCCAGCUGUUGUGCACCUUCCUGAGAAAUAAAUAUCCUCUAAAUUUUCAAACCA